CCCUGCAACCUCUUCUACAGACCUCCAACAUCCAUCACACCGACCGGCACCUUGCCCUCGCCAUGCCUCACCUCGUCAAUCCUCCCCCGUCCUCCUCCCUCCCUCUGAUUGACCUGUCGCCCUUCCUCUCGCCCAAACCCGACCCCGACGCUCGCCGCAACACGGCCCGCAAGCUCCACUCGGCCUGUCUCGACUAUGGCUUCUUCUACUGCACCGGCCUCGACUCGGUCGUCUCGCCCGACGACAUGCGCCACGCCCUCGACGUCGCCCGCGCCUUCUUCAACACACCCGACGACGACAAGCUCAAGCUCCGCAUCAAGCCAGGAGAUGGCGCAAGGGGUUACCAGCGCAUCGGCGAGAACGUGACCCAGUACAAGAAGGACUGGCACGAGGGCUGGGACGCCUACAAGCCGCUCCCGCCGUCGCUCGAGGACCCCUCGAAGCUCCUGCACGGGCCCAACCAGUGGCCCGCCGAGCCGGCCUCGUUCCGCCCCGUCCUCGAGCGAUGGGUCGACAAGAUGCACACGGUCGGGCACGCCCUCAUGGAGGCGACGGCCAUGGCGCUCGGCAUCGACGUCGACGGCGACGCCAAAGGCGACGAGUCGGGCGAGUGGGCGCGCAUGAAGAGCUGGGUCGCCGACCCGUUCUGGGUCAUGCGGUGCAUCGGGUACCCGCCUCUGCCGCCCGACGCAGAGGGCGUCUCGUGCGGCGCUCACAAAGACUACGGCAACUUUACGCUCCUUCACGCCGACUCGACGCCGGGCGCCCUGCAGGUCUUCCUCCCCUCGCCCUCAGGCCCGGACUCGACCUCGACCGGCGAGCGCGGCACCUGGAUCGACGCCAACCCGGUCGAGGGCGCGUUCGUCGUCAACGUCGGCGAGAUGGUCGAGGUUUACUCGGCGGGACUGUACAAGGCGACGCUGCACCGCGUCGUCCACAAGAGCGAGACGUACCGCGUCUCGAUCCCGUUCUUCUUCGAGCCGACGCUCGAGGCCCUCAUCGAGCCUCUCCCCUCGGCGGUCCGCCUCCGUCGCGAGCUCCUCGGCCCCGACUCGGCUGCCACCAGCGUCAAGCCCGUCAUCUACGGCGACUUUCUGCGCUCCAAGGUGUCGAACAACUUUGCGCUCGAGGACAAGGAGUAGCCGUCGUCGCAGCGCUGCAGCUCGAACGUCGAAACGAUUUGUCUCUC